AUGAAUUUUUCUAAUUUUCCGCCAAAGUCGUCGGAUUACUGGGAAGCAAUGCCAGCCCUUUACAAAACCUUCAACAGCAUCCAGGCCCUAAUGCUCCUCAUCAUUUUUGCAUUAACAAUUAAAAUGAUAAUCGACAUUUUGCGAUUAAUUCGUGAUGACCUUGUACAAAGUGAUAUGCUCACUGUUAUUACUACUCCAUUUAAUGUUGCUCUCUGCUGUGCUCUUGGCAAUAUUUUCCCCAGAUCUGCCGAUUUUUUAUAUUCGAUCGGAUUGGUUGUUUUAAUGUCGUCACUCUAUCGGGUCAUUUCUUUGUUGUACAAUGCAUACGGUGGUGUCAAUAAUUUUUCGUCGUGGUUGCUAUCAAGAGGUAACGGACGUAUUCGAUUGAGCGUUCCGCCAAUGUGUUGCUGUUGCAAAUGUCUGCCAAGCCCUUCUGCUACACCACGGAAUCUACGGCGGUUGCGUUGGGUGGCCAUGCAGUCGCCAUUAGUACGUAUUGUGGUGCAAAUAAUUUUGUUGAUUAUGACGAUGGAGGAGGUGCCGCUGGAUUCAAAAUCAAACCAACUUGUCACUCAAAUCGGCCUUAUCUCCACUUUGUUUGGUAUCUACAUAACACAUGUAAUGCUCCACAACGCAAAGGAAUUCCUCGACGAGCAUGGAAUGGUGGUGCUCUUAAGAAGUGCCGACGUUGCUCAAGGGCUCUAUACGGGGCUGAAAAGUAUUUUCGACUUGCUUGCGCGAAAUUCCGACUUUGGCAAUACGGAUUUUAUGAGCUCGGAGGCCAGCGGAAAUUUCUUUUUCAAUUUUGCGGCCACCGUACUCUUCCUAAUCCUGGCAAUUGUCCAAUUUAUCUACGUCCGGCCAUCGAGAAGCAAAUUGUUUGAGUUGAGAGUGUUG